AGAUUGUUACCACUCUCUUGUCUGUAUGGUUAAUUAAGCUACAGAUGGACAAUGUGUUGGUGGUCUAGGCAGCUAGUGAAAAACAGCGGCAUCACCUGGAGUAGCUCUGUCUGUUUUAUGUUACAGGCUUCCCUAAUACAGUGUAAAUGGAAGCGACUGAUGUCUGAGACUAAGGGUCAUCCUUGAUGAUGUCAAUGCUGAGAGGCUUAUUUUGCCCUCUCGUCCUGAGACUCUAAAUGCCCUCAUAAUUGAGAUAAAAAAUAAGUUGAACUUUGCCUAUGACUUUCGGCUUCAGUUUCAAGACCCAGAAUUUGACAAUGCCCUAUGCAAUUUAGUAAACAUCGAGGACCUACCAUCCAAAGCAACCAUUAAGAUAGUUAGAUAUCAGAUCUCAGUUCAACCAGCACAGAUGAUACACUGUUGUCUGAUAACACAGAUUCACUAGAUCGUCUUUGCCGAUGGCCAGAGAUCUUUGUUAUUCCAACAUUCUCCUACGAGGUGGAGCAUGCUCUAAGAGAGGGCAACUAUGCAUUUGUCAAAGAGGGGAAAACUCUAAGCUUGACUAGGGAUCAAAAACACAACAUACUGGAUGGAAUGGCUGCUGAAAUAUAUAAGCAUAAAGCAUAUCCUAGUACCAAAAAUAUUCUCAUGGCUGCAGAGGCUCUGGUGAGCAAACACCCCUGCCUAAAAUAAAAAGGUUGCGGAACAGGGUAUGAGGGUUGGAAGAACAGCCUGCACUUCAGGAUGGGCAACUACAGGACCAAACUGAGCAGGGCUGGCAUAAAGGAUGUGGCUGUGAAUGCCGGAAAACGCAGCAGGACCUAUCCAGAAGGUGCAGCAUCCAGGGCCAAAAUCAAAAGACCCAGAAGAGGAGAAAUAAACGUCAUGCCCAAUUAUCCCCAAGGAGAAACUAAGGACACACUGGAGAACCUGAGGCUUGAGAUGGUGGAGCAGUUCAAGAAGACAGUGACUGAUAGAGACAUGAUUAUCAUCCAUCAACAUAUGCAGCGUACCUUUGCACUCAGGCGUGAAGAAAUUGUGAAUUCAGCUCCUCCCAUUGCUGAAUUGAAAGACCGAUGGCCUGCACUCUUUUGUGAAGCCCAACUCUACAGUGAAUUCCACAGGAUCACCAAUCAAAAUCUACCAUAUUCCUUCUAUGCUGCACUUGACAAGUACACACCUCAGCUGUUGAAGCUCUACAAAAAGAGGAAGCCUGGAAGUUUUGGUGAGAAGAUGGAAGACGUUUUGAGGGUAUAUGAGGAACAGGACAAGAACAACAUCACUGCAGCUCGAACAGCAGCCCUGGCUGGCCUACCGCUGUACUUAAAGGAGGAUUCAUCAGAGGUCUUCAAAACCUGCAAGUGUGACAGAGCAUUAAAAGGAUGCUAG